CUUAUCUCUUAAAACAGGGGGUGGUGUCUAUCAAAAUGAUAUUGCUUAAUAUAUCGGAGAAAAAAAUCUUCGGAGUGAAAGUAGGUUACCCUAUCUCGUAAAGCGGGAGAUGACUUUCAAAGUAAUAUUGAGCAAAUGUGCAAUAUUUUGGAGAAAAAGGUUUGAAGGGAAAGUAGGUUAACUUAUCGCUUGCUUGAAACAGCGGGUGGCCUCUAUCAAAGUGAUAUUGCUUAAAUAGCGGAGAAAAAAAUCUUCUGAGUGAAAGUAGGUUAACCUAUCUCAUAAAGCGGGAGAUGACUUUCAAAGUAAUAUUGUGCAAUAUUUUGAACAAAAAGGUUUGAAGGGAAAGUAGGUUAGCCCUUAUUUUUUCAACAACACAACAAUCGAUAAAGAAUGAAAAAGGGAGCCGGAGAAACAUGACGUCAAACAAUCUUAUAAAACUGGAAGAGGAGCGACUACUUUCAAGCAUAUUCUAUCGAACGAGGAAGCGUGGUUAAAGCGAUAGCGCCCAGAUUUGACCUACCUACGAGGAUGGAAAAAGUUUGUCAUAGAUUUAUUAUGAUAAAAUAGGCUUAGCUUAGAAUAUGAAUCAUCGCAUGGUGUGUUAGUGUGCAAUCAAUUUGUGGUAGAUUAAUUACAAUUCCACUUCCUAAUAUUACGUUAAGCCAAUUUUACCCGUAAUUAUGAACGGACAUUUACCACUUUACUUUCUUAGAAAUUAUUUUAGUAGGCAUGGCAGAGAAAAAGAAACAACGACAUGAUAUUUUGGAGCUUGACGCUUGGACGGAGAAAUGGAAAAGAGAGUUUCCAUAUAUUAUACACGAUAAGAAAAUAAGAACCGCAAUCUGCACGUAUGUUACUUACAUUUCUGAGUUCAUUAUAAGAAAAUUAGACAAUAUGGACCUUUGAUCGAAGAAUUCACAAACAAGGAGGCAGUAGUGAUGGAAUGGCAGAAUCUUCGUCAUGAUCUGCAUAUUCUCCAAAUACCGGCUAUGGAGAACGUAUGCAAGUACUUAGCGGCAGCGCCCGAGUACCCAUGCUUUCAAGUGCUGGGCAAAGUCCUACAAGUUUUCGCAGCCGGUACCUCGGGGGCCGAACGAGGGUUUUCUUCAAUAAACAUAAUUAAGACGAAACACAGGAAUAGGCUUAGCAGCAGACACCUAACAAUGCUUCUGAGAUGUGGCGGGGAGACAUCCAUAAAAGCAGACAAAGCGGAAUCAUUCUUCAUGGAUGUCUUGCAACAUUGGAAAGAGUCCAAUCUACGUCGCCACGAACGGGCUGCAGAAGUCACGCCAUCCAUUUUUAUUCGUUCGCUUUUGUAUUUUUAUUUGUGAAUAAAACAAAUGUGUCAACUGUG